AAAUUAAAAUAGUGUUUACACUUGUUUUACAUAAUUCAACCGACUAAUUAAUUUGCUAAAAUGGACCAGUUUAUAGGCAAAUUCGUGUUUACCUCAAGUGAUAAUUUGAACGCUUAUAUAAAAGAGUGCGGACUGGAGGACAAAAUAAAAAGCUGUAACUUGAGGCCGCGGGCACUGGAGGUGAGCAAAGUGGGCGCUGUCUACAGGAACACGAUGUUCACCCACGACAUGCCCGUUGUGAACGAGUUCGAGUUGGACAAGGAGUUCGACGCCACCCUACCGGACGGCACGCCCUGCCGGGCGGUCGUGACGCUGGACGGCAAUCGACUCGUGGAAACGCGGAGUCGACGCGGAGUUAAGGAGAUUGAGAUUUAUCGCGAGUUUGUCGGCAAUGAGCUCCGGAUGGUCAUCAAUGUCGGACCCGUGGUUGCUGUGUUGACAUUCGCGCGCCAGUAGGCAAUAAUAUACCAGCAUGGUGGAUUAGUAGAUUAGAUAUGUCUGUGACAAUUUUCUAUAAAAAAGUUCCAUGCUUAAUUCCUUUUGAUUGUCACAUUUUUUAAAUAUUAAAAUUAUUAACUUUAAAAUUCAAGUUACGAUGUGCAUUUAAUCUGAAAAUUUAAAUCUUGAUUAAAUUAAUUUUAUCAUUAUAAUAAA